UAGUCCUGCAUCAUUUCAUCCACUGGUGUUAAGAACAGUCUUGUAAUAUAGACUCAUUGAUGGUUCAUCCAGACAAAAUGAGGACUCUAUGGACUUCCAUGUUCCAUUUUAUAUUCAUUGCAAAUUUGCUGAUUUUUAAGAAUAGCUUGUCGGCUCCUGUGCAGCAGCAUCAGGUGCCUGUACCAGCUAGCUGCCAGGAUGAGGUGCACUGGCUCCAAUCCCAGCUUCUCCAAAUGAAAGAGUACAUUCAGCAGCUCCAGGACCAGCUGAGUCAGACCAGCACAGGUCACCAGCGCAUUCCUGACGUUCUCCAAAAGCAAAUCGUCCAGCCCCAGACAGGCAGUGUGCCAGAGUACACAGACUGCUCACAGGUGUUUGAGGAUGGGAACUUGGUCAGCGGUGUGUACAUGAUUAAGCCAAAGCAAUCCCCGACCUCUGUCAUGGUGUUCUGUGACAUGAGUGAUGGUGGAGGCUGGACCGUGUUUCAGAGGAGGAAAGAUGGACAGGAGUCCUUUGACAGGACCUGGGUGGAGUAUAAGCAUGGCUUUGGGAAUCUUCUCUCCAAUGAUGGGGAGUUUUGGUUGGGGAAUGACCCCCUACACUACCUCACAUCACAGGGCAAUUAUAAACUCAAGAUAAAAAUGGAGGACUUUGAUGGUAUCCCACGCUUUGCUGAAUACAAAAAUGUCAAAGUUGGAGAUGAAAAGGAUGAGUAUGAAUUGCAGGUGGGUGACUACAAGGGAAAUGCAGGUGAUGCUUUGGUUGAUGCGCACCCCCACCCUGAGAGACCACAGAGUGAUGACCACCAAGGUCUGAACUUCAGCACAUAUGAUCACAACAGCCAUGAGGAGGAUCCACAGUGUAUUCACCAGGACAAGUCUGGAUGGUGGUUCAGCAGAUGUCACUCUGGUAAUUUAAAUGGUCAUUACUACAACGGCCCCUACCAGGCAGUGACAGAUGAUGGGGUUGUGUGGUACACCUGGCAUGGCUACUGGUACUCCAUCAAAUCUGUGGUCAUGAUGAUCCGCCCAGAGGGAUUUGAAGAGUCCAAAGCAGAGCAUGAACCGAACUGACGUUAAUCAGUGAAAGGUGUUCUGGCAGUUGAGCACACUAUAUUUGUCAGAUGAUUAAUAAAAUAACCCUGCAUGCAUCAA